AUGGAGCAUCCCACAGACACUCCCACAAGCACCACUCCAGCUCCAGCUCCAGCUCCCACCCCCACCUCCGCCCUCGCAACUGGAGCCGGCCCCGCCUCCUCCCUCAUCGUCCUUGCUUCCACCCGUGCCAUAAUCUCCGGCCGCCUCACUGCCGCCACGAUCGUCAUCUCCCUCACCACAGGCAAGGUAACCUCAGUCUUCCACUCCGUCCUCCCACCCACAGCUUUUCCCCCGGGGACCCCGUACACAGACUACUCCCCAUAUAUCCUCAUGCCGGGCCUGGUGGAUGCGCACGUGCAUCUGAACGAACCUGGCCGGACCGAAUGGGAAGGCUUCGAGACGGGGACGCGUGCGGCGGCGUUCGGCGGCGUGACUACCAUCAUUGACAUGCCAUUGAAUGCCAUCCCGCCCACGACGACGGUCGAGGCGUUGCGCGAGAAGAUUGCCGCGGCGGCCGGGAAGUGUUGGGUUGAUGUAGGCUUUUAUGGCGGGGUUGUUCCUGGGAACGUCAGUGAGUUGAGAGGGUUGGUGGAGGCUGGGGUGAAGGGCUUUAAGGGGUUUCUGAUUGAUAGUGGGGUCGAUGAGUUCCCCGCCGUAUCAGCAGCAGAUAUCAAAGCGGCCAUGCUUGAGCUAGCCGAUCUGCCCACGACGCUCAUGUUCCAUGCCGAAAUGCUCCCGGAAACCAACGGCGACACAUCUCUCCCCCAGGGCGCCCCAACCUCCUAUUCCACCUUCCUAAAUUCCCGCCCCUCCACCUUCGAAACAACUGCAAUCUCCGCCAUCCUCUCCCUGGCCCCUCUGGCCCCCAACCUCCCCUUACACAUCGUCCACCUCUCUGCCAUGGAAGCCAUCCCCUUAUUGAAAGCCGCGCGCAGGCGGGGAGUAAACAUCACUGCCGAAACAUGCUUCCACUACCUCUCCCUGACGGCCGAGGAAGUCGGCGACGGCGACACGCGCCAUAAGUGCUGCCCGCCAAUCCGCAGCCAGGCGAACCAGGACGCGCUGUGGGAGGAGCUGGCGCAGCAUGCUAGUGUCCAGGGCGUGAUUAAAACCGUUGUCUCUGACCAUUCGCCCUGCACGCCGGCGCUGAAGAUCCUGCCAGCGCAUAUCCCUGGGCAUUUUGGCCGUGCCAAUCUUAAUAAUCAACAUGAUGAUAGUGAUGAUAGUGAUGAUAAUGAUAAUGAAAAUGAAAUUGACAGUAACAGCAGUAACAACAACAGCAACAACAACAACAACAACAACAACAACAACAACAAUAAUAAUACAAAAGGCACCAACACCAAGCCAGACGACGAAGAAGAAGGGGAAGGAGAAAUAGCAAAAGACGAAGAAGGAAACUUCCUCAAAGCCUGGGGUGGAAUCUCCUCCGUCGGCCUCGGCCUGCCUAUUCUCUGGACCGAGCUCGAACGCCGGCGCUCCGCAGCUAACAGCACCGCGACAGACACGCCGACGUCGACGUCAUCCACAACCUCCGCUCUCGAAGACAUUGUGCAAUGGUGCUGCGCCAACACGGCCAGACAGGUCGGGUUGGCGUCGCAGAAGGGCGACCUCUCCGUCGGGUAUGACGGGGACGUGUGUGUCUUUGACGAGAAUGGGGAGUGGGUGGUGGAGCCUGAUACCAUGCUGUUUCGCAAUAAGUGCUCGCCCUAUCAGGGGAAGAGGAUGAGGGGUAUCGUGCGCGAGACGUGGUUAAGGGGCCAGAAGGUGUAUACGCGGGAUGAUGGGUUUGUGGCGACGAGGCCUGUGGGGAACCUGUUGUUGGAACCUAGGGCGGCGUAG